AAACAGAUCAGGUACACCGUACUCUCGCCCACAGGCUAUUACAGCCUGUGUUCUUAACCAAUAGAGUCAUACAAAAGUAAAGAUAAAAGUUUUUGUCAUUUCAAGAAAUGGAAUCGAUUUUAAGCUUCUUCUGGGUUAAAAGCUUGGAUCCAAUCUGAAGACAGAACAAAGUUUCUUGUUUUUGAUUCUUUGCCCAUUUUGAGAAGAUGUUUGAAGGACGACCUCGUGAUUCUUGUCUAGUUUCAACACUUUUCACCAUGCCAAGCCAUCAAGAAACGAAAUGGAGCUUUUUGGUUUCUGGGAAACGAUCUUUUCUCAACAACGAUGAGUCUGAUCUUCACUUCAAGAAGAUGUACAAGCUUACUAGUUCAAACGAAGAAGGAGACAAUGGAUCUUCUUCAGAUUCAGGAACACUUAUCCCAGGGAUGAACAAAGAUGAUUCGUUAAGCUGUUUGAUUCGUUGCUCUAGAGCUGAUUACUGCUCCAUUGCUUCAGUGAAUCGGAGUUUACGUUCUUUGAUUCGAAGUGGAGAGAUUUAUAGACUCAGGAGACUACAAGGGACGCUUGAGCAUUGGGUUUAUUUCUCUUGCCAUCUCAAUGAAUGGGAAGCUUUUGAUCCGAGGUCGAAACGGUGGAUGCAUUUGCCGAGUAUGCCACAGAACGAGUGUUUCAGGUACGCAGAUAAAGAGUCUUUGGCUGUAGGAACUGAUUUGCUUGUGUUUGGUUGGGAAGUGAGUUCUUAUGUAAUCUAUAGAUACAGUCUUUUGACUAACUCUUGGUCUACUGGGAAGAGUAUGAACAUGCCUAGAUGUUUGUUUGGCUCUGCUAGUUAUGGAGAGAUUGCGGUUUUAGCUGGUGGUUGCGAUUCGAAUGGUAGGAUUCUUGAUACUGCGGAGUUGUAUAACUAUGAGGAUCAGACUUGGUCGGUGUUACCGGGGAUGAACAAGAGGAGGAAAAUGUGUUCUGGUGUGUUUAUGGAUGGGAAGUUUUAUGUCAUUGGUGGGAUUGGUGUUGGGGAAGGGAAUGAGCCAAAGGUUUUAACUUGUGGGGAAGAGUUUGAUUUGAAGACUAGGAAAUGGACAGAGAUUCCUGAGAUGUCGCCACCGCGGUCUAACCAGGGGAACGGAAUGUCUGCAGCUGCAAUGGCUCCACCGCUUGUAGCGGUUGUGAAUGAUCAGCUUUACGCGGCUGAUCAUGCUGGUAUGGCUGUUAGGAGAUAUGAUAAGGAGAAACGGGUUUGGAAUAAAGUUGGGAACCUGCCUGAGCAAGCGGGUUCGAUGAACGGUUGGGGUUUAGCGUUUAGAGCUUGUGGGGAUCGGGUUAUAGUUAUUGGUGGACCAAAGGCUCCAGGUGAAGGAUUCAUUGAGCUUAACUCAUGGGUACCAAGUGAUGCAACACCGGAAUGGCAUUUACUCGGCAAGAAACAGUCGGUUAACUUCGUGUAUAAUUGCGCGGUGAUGAGCUGUUGAAGAAGUGAAAUAAAACCGCGAAAACCCGUUGUUUGCAUAGAGAAAUUUACCAGGGGGAAGAUGUUGGAUUUAGCCGUCUUUAACAGGGGUAUAAAACACAGGCUUAUUA